AUGCCCCACCAUCCCCGCCGCAGCAGAGCCUAUCGCCCGCCCUAUGAUGAUGAUGAUGAUGAUGCGCGUUCACUGUCGCCCACAAAGGACUCAUCCAGAUCUGGCGGCCAGGAUUCCAACCGGGACCGCAUGCGUCAUCGCAGCCCGACUCCACCUGCUACUACUGACCGGGAUGUGUUCGAUGAAGACCUGGAAAACUUCUUUAGACGUGCCAUCCGUGCCUAUGAGCUGGUCAGGUCCUACCCGCGCGACUGCAGGGGCGGAACCCGAUGGUCGCGUAGUGCUGUCGAAGAAGUCCGAAAGUUUGGUAUCGACUUGCACAAUGAGGUCAACGCUCUGAAGCGCCACCUACGUGAAUAUAAGGAGCGCAAUAAUUGGGACGAGCUCGAGAUGGAGUACAUGCGCGAUGAGGUUGAGAAGGUGCGCGAGUACUGUGAGAACGUCAUGACCUUGAUCAACGACUUGGAGCGUGUUCCCUUGCAUCAGCGCAUGAGCCGCAACAGCGCUGGACAGAAUCAAGAGCAUGAUGAGGAGUAG